UUUCUGGGUUACUGUAUGAGUCGGUUUAGAAAUCAUAAUUUAUGCUGUAAAACUUGAAAGCACCUUCUUCAUAGUUCCCCUACCAACAGAGCUCAGAGUCUCAGACCUUUUCCUCUGUCCCCUCUCUUAUCAGACGUUAAACAGCAACCAAAUAGAUCCAAGCCUAUUGUUCCUAGUCCAUAUUUUUGGUGGGAAAUUGGAUCUUACUGUCUCAGUAUUUAUACUUGUAACAAAUCAGAGAUUCUUCUCUUAAUCUCUAGCAAGAUGUCGACAAGAAAACCUUCAUACACAAACCCAAGACCCUGCAAGCACCUUUCAGCUUACAAGCUCAAACAUGGCCUGAGUGGGUAUAAAUCACUCCAAGAGUGCCUCAAGACCACCCCAAAUGGAAGGACAAGUGUUGAGAAUCCGGGCACAAAGAUAUCCAGAUGCAGUUCCUGUAAUGGGUAUCAAGGUAGACUCUAUUUUUGUCUGAUUUGCUCUUCAAUCUCAUGCUCAAGUCACACCCUUUUGCACACCCAGUCUGAGAUUGGCCAUGAUUUAGCGGUGGACAUUGAAAGGGCUGAGCUUUAUUGCUGUGCCUGCUCUGAUCAGGUCUACGAUCCUGAUUUUGAUAAGACUGUCAUGUCUAAACACAUGUUGGACUUGAGUUAUAGCACAAACAGAAACAGUACAGAUAGUAUAGGGGAGAGGCUGUGUGAGAGGAAGAGGCUGGGUUCUGGGGUAGAAUUGGCAGAUUUGAACAAGUCAGGACAGCUGGCUUUGAUGAGAGAUCAUAGGGCUAAAUCAUGUUAUCCAUUAGGUUUGAGGGGACUGAAUAAUUUGGGCAAUACUUGUUUCAUGAAUUCUGUGCUGCAAGCACUGUUGCAUGCUCCUCCAAUGAGAAAUUACUUCUUGAGUGAUCGGCAUAACCGCAGGACGUGCAGGAAGAGGUCGGCCAACCGGCUCUGUCUCCCUUGUGAGCUUGAUGGUAUCUUCUCCGCUGUCUACUCGGGUGGUGGUGAUCGCACUCCUUAUAGCCCGGCUCAAUUUCUUUACAGUUGGUGGCAGCAUUCAGAAAAUCUGGCAAGUUAUGAGCAGCAGGAUGCUCAUGAGUUUUUCAUUUCAGUGUUAGAUGGGAUCCAUGAGAGAGAAAGCAAAGCAAGGAACCAAACUAGAGAUAGUGGAGAUUGCCAGUGUAUUACUCAUAGGGUCUUCUCUGGACAGUUGAGAUCAGAUGUCACUUGUAUGACUUGUGGAUUCACUUCAACAACUUAUGACCCUUGUUUGGACAUAUCGCUCGACUUGGACACAAACCAUUGCUCUAAUAAGCCUGUCAAACGAAAUGACAACAGCAGUACAUCUACUCUUCUUGGUUGUUUAGACUUGUUCACCAAACCAGAGAAGUUGGGAACAGACCAGAAGCUGUUUUGUCAAAACUGUCAAGAACCGCGAGACUCAUCGAAGCAACUGUCUAUUAGAAAGCUCCCUUUGGUGUUGUGUUUGCAUAUAAAACGAUUCGAGCACUCCCUGGUCAGAAAGAUGAUGAGGAAAAUCGACAGCUAUAUGCAUUUUCCUUUCUCCUUAGACAUGACUCCAUAUCUGUCCUCUUCAAUUGUCAGAAAUAGAUUUGGGAAUAGAAUCUUUGCCUUUGAGGGUGAUGAUUCCGAUAAUUCUACAGAAUUUGAGAUUUUUGCAGUUAUUACUCAUUCUGGGACGCUAGACUCUGGCCAUUAUUUAACUUAUUUACGCAUAAAAGAGCAAUGGUAUAAGUGUGACAAUGCUUGGAUUAGUGAGGUUGAUGAGAGGGUUGUAAGAGCUUCACAGUGCUAUAUGAUGUUUUAUGCGCACAAGACGCUUUACUAUAAAGCAAAAGAAGAUUUGAGUUGCUUGCCAGUUUCCACACGGAAGGAGGCUUUUCAUAGGGUUGCCGGUUGCUGCUAAAGAGAAUGUUUAGAGUGAUUGUAACUUGCAGUUUUCGCUGAACUAGAAAUGGGCUUCUGGUAUACACAUUCAAGGCAGGCUGGGCACGAAUCCACUGAGAUGGUGAAAAUGAAGACUGCCACUGCUGAAGAAACUUUUGCAGGAAUGAGAUCCUUCUGGCCUGGAGGAAGUCAUAAAUCCAUAUUGAGCACCUGAAAAAGUGAAAAGCAUCAUCAAAUGGUAGAUUUCUGAAGAUCGAGAUUGAAGCAGAAAUACAUGGUAACUAAUUCCAGUAUAUCUGUUAAUGACUUGUUAAUGGGUAUCUUGUGAAUGGUUUUUGAGAGAUAUUAAGGAACUGGUGGAGAACUCUCUCUUCUAUAUGUCAGGUGUUUUGUUCUCUUUAACAGAUUAUUGCUCAGCAUUCUUUUGACUGCAGGUCAGUCAUGUACAGAAUAGAUCUUUGGAACUAAUGUUUAUUUGGGGUUCC